AUCAUCUAAAUGUUCAUUGUUUUUCAGAAGUUUUGGAGAUGAAUUCAAAUGAUUUCUCUCAGAAUAAUGCAUACUAUAUUCAGUAUUCAGGAACCCCGACCCAGGGACAUGAAGAUUUCCUCCAGAAUAUAACCAGUCCUGACAAUAUUCCCAAACCUCAUAUUAAUCCCAACUUCAAAUCCCAAACUAAACCUAGUGUUCACAUUAAUCCCAAGUUCCAUCACUACCCUCAGGAUACAAAGCAAACCAUUGCGAUCAAUCCACACUUCUCAUCUAGUAGUAGACCUCCCUCAGUUCAUAUUAACCCGAAGUUUAAACUGUCUCCUCCUGUCAGUCCUAGUAAGGAUAAACUGAAUAGUGUUCACGUGAAUCCUAAGUUCGCAAACCGUCCUCUACCCAGUGUACCUGUUUACCAGAACAUCCUGGAGCUAACUCAAUCUGCUCCGGUUUCCAUCCCUACUCCGGUCCCGGCACCCGUCCCUGCUCAAGUAUUGGUUUCGACAACUCUACCUGUAUCCACUACUGAACCUAUCUACGCCAACGUGAACCCUAGGAUGGCGCUGGAUCAAAGGAAAACAGAUGAGUUUAUGCAGAGUAUUCAUAAAUCUGUGGAAUCUCAAGUAAUCAUGAGAAACAAAUUUAAAAAGGACAAUCGUGUUGCGCCACCGGAGAAACCCGUCCGCCAUUCCAUAGUUGAGAAACCGAACCGAUAUUCUAUAGUAGAGAAACCGAACCGUUACUCCGUUGUUGAGAAACCGAAGCGUAACUCUGUUUAUGUUGUGGAUAAUAUUUCAACUCUACCUCACAACUUUGCCACACCUCUUAGGAAAACAGAAGAAAAAGAAAAUCUUCCCUCGUCUUCAAAGAAGAAUUUCCUUUUCACCCCGCUCCGAAAAACUGCAUUUAAGAAGAUCGGGAACAGAAAACUGAUCAGGGUUAAGAAGAAAUCUCUUUCUCCGGGUACUCCUAAACCCUCAUUCAAGCGCAUCGGUAACAAUAAACUAAUUCGGAUAAGAGAAAGUUUAACCUCGGAUAAAUCAACCCCAAUGAAGGUUUAUGCAAUUAAAACUAAAACCAAGAUAGUUAAAUCCGUAAAGAAUACUCCUACCAACAACUCCAAGUACAGAUUUAGCUUUAUUACCCCGCUCUCGAUCCGGAAAAACAAGCUUGUGAGUCAGGCUUUCUCGGUCAAAUCUAAGAGUCCUGUUGUGAAAAAAUCUAGCUUUGCCAACCCGUUUCGUCUAGAUCGACGAGAGAAGAAAGGAAAGCAGUUGGCCAGGAAGACAAGUCAGACCAAGUUGAAGAAACUCAGCACUGGAACCUACCAUGUCAGCGCUACUAAACUCCAGCGUGUGGGUUCAGAGAGAUCAUCUACCAGGACCCGGAGCGUGAAUAUUUAUCGUCCCAAAGCAGCCGCAAUCAACGCUAAUAUAGCUCCCAACAAGGUGAUUACACUGCAAGGUGUUAAGUUUGCUGUGGCGGAGAAUGGAAGAAAGUUAAAACGUGUUCCUGAGUCAGAUUCACAAUCUGCAAACUACAGCGCUUCUGUUAGUCAUACCAGUCCUGGACAAUCUCAGACCACAAGUCCAGGUUGUAAUACAAGUCCCGGAGUUCAGUCUAGUCCCGGGGGUCGUAGUCCAGCUCUUCUUAAUGGUUCUCCUGUCAAGCAAAAACUCCAACCUAGUCCUGUAAAAGGAAGUCCCCGUCAGUUCCAGGUUAAGAAAACUUAUAUCGGAGGAGAAGAGUUUGAUGAAAUCGAACCUGGAGUUUUUACACGUAGCCGGCAUUCCCUCACUAGACAGUCAAUAACCCAGGCAAAGAACCGGAGUAUAAACACGAUCCUGAAGGUUCAGAACCGGAGUAAACAGUACUGCAUGUUCUACAAUAAGUUCGGUAAGUGCACAAAGAAAGAGAAAGGAUCAUGUCCGUAUAUGCACGACCCGGAGAAGAUUGCGGUGUGUCGAAGGUUCCUUCAAGGAGCUUGUACGAAGGAACGAUGUCUGUUGUCUCAUAAACUGGACCCGGAGAAGAUGCCAGCUUGUAAAUUCUUCCUAGAAGGGAUCUGUACCAGAGAGAACUGUCCAUAUCUUCAUGUUAAGGUAAGUGAUAAGGCUGGGGUCUGUCAGAGAUUCCUGAAAGGAUUUUGUCCCAAUGGUGCAGACUGCGACCAGCGUCACGUGAUCGCAUGUCCUGAGUUCGAUAGAACCGGUUCCUGCAGUAAGGAUUCAAAAUGUCCGUUUCCUCAUAUAAGUAAACCGGUGGAUAGUGGAGAGAAGACGCCUAAGAAGAAACCUCCGACCAAACCUAAACGAAAAUCUCUAGGUACCGCGGAGCAUAGUACGAAGAAGGUUCGGGUAACUACACGCUACUAUGAUGAUCAAUGUGAGGAUGCGGUUGGAGGGGAUAAUCUACCCCAGGAGCUAACCUGUGAUGAACUGGAGGAGAAGAGAGCAAGGAUAUUGAAGAAGCUGGAGACGGCCAAACAGGUUUGGAAGUCUACCCGGAGUGAUUUGGAGAGUUCAGUUAACCCGAAGCUGAACCCGAACCCGGAUAUAAGUUUGAAUGAUAGUGGUCCGUAUGAGAAGAUUGCGGAGACGAGUGAGGACGAGGCUCCUAGGACGAGAGCUCCGGUUGGAAACCUGGGAGAUUUUAUAUCUCUAGCAGGUUAUAGUAGUGGAGAGGAGGGGAACCAGGACCGACUUAUCUGAUCACAAUGGAGGGAUANGGGGGGGGGGGGGGAAUUACUUUAAAAAUUGAAUCUUGACUUUUUCAGUGAGAUAACAAAAAUUGUAGUAAAUCCUAAAAGUGAGGGUUAAAGUUGGGACUUUGAAAUUAUGCUAAACUAUUAUUCUGGCUUGUUCUUUCUUUCACUUUACCUACUUUAUAAAGCAUUAUCAUUUUGAAAAUAAAGAUCUAAAAAUUAAUAAUUUUAAGGAAAAUCUUUUUUAAAAUAGUCCAGAAAAAUGAAAUUUAAACAAAAACGAAACUUAUAUUUUUAAAUCUAAAGUGACAAUGAAGGUUUUUUUUGUACGCCUUGAACCAGAGAAUGAAGUAUUCGUAACCAGAGAGGGGGGUAAUAUCUCUGUUAAGAUUAUUUUUGGUUUUAUUAGAUUAAUUAACUGUAUAUGUAAAAAUCCUUGUAAAUAUAUGAGAUAAAUUAAAAAUGUGAAAACUAGAUCUGCUCAAUUGUAAUAUUUACAAAAUAAAAUAAAUUAUUUAAAAUGUGA